UUGGUUCUGGUCGACGCCUUCAGUAAUUUUCCUUUUGUUGUCCGGAUGUCUUCCACGACGUCCUCCGCCACCAUCCAAGCGUUGUCUGCUAUCUUUUGCAUUGAAGGUCUUCCGCAGACUAUUGUUUCCGACAAUGGCCCACAAUUCAUGUCCGCAGAAUUUCAGUCAUUCUGCCAGGCCAAUGGUAUUCAACAUCUGACAUCCGCGCCGUUUUCGCCUCAGUCCAACGGUGCCGCUGAACGAUUGGUCCGGACUUUCAAGUCACAGAUGUUGAAGUUGAAAGAGUCGCAUUCUCGGGAGGACGCAUUGUUGCUCUUUUUGUCUUCGUAUCGCUCUCAGCCCCGAGAUGGUCGCUCGCCGGCUGAGUUGCUCCACGGUCGUCCUCAUCGAACCUUGAUGUCUUUGCUGCAUCCGCCGCAUCAGGUUCCUGUGCAGCGGCAGACUCCUGCUUUUGCUCCAGGCGACGUUGUCUUUUAUCGCAACUAUCGAGGUUCACGGCGUUGGCUUGCAGGGCGCAUUCUUCGCUGCCUCGGCCGCGCGAUGUAUUUGGUUUUGGGGGCCUCUGGUGAGGUGCGUCGGCAUCUCAAUCAGCUGCGCCUCUGUCGUCGCUCGGGUUCUGCCGCUCCCCGUCUGCUUUCAGCGACGGUGCCGUCCGGUCAGCGCCCUGGGGACCCAUCUACUGGCUCGCCUCAUCCCCAGGUGUUCCCGACGAUGCCUUCCAUUUUGCCCCAUGGCGACGCGCCGCCGCCGCUGCCGCAGCAGCAGCAGCCGCCGCCGCCGCCGCUUGUUCUCCCGCCGGCGCCGCCCGCAUUCGACGCUUCGUUGCAGCCGCCAAGCGCCUCCCAGGGUCACGCGCCGCCGAUCGCUUCCCGUGACCAGCUGUCCUCCGCCAUGGAACUCCCGCCCGCUCCGGACCACAUGACGUCAUCGCGCGUCGGCUACCCCGACGCAAUGGAGGUCGACACUUCGGCCCCUCAUGUUUCUUUACGGGCGCAUACACCGCAUGUUGACGUGCACCCUGGACUAGCUUUUCAGGCGUUUCCUAGCUCCCCUCGGACCGAAUGGCCGGGUGCGGGUGGCACAGCCUCGCCUGUUGUUAGGCUCCCCACCUCGUCGCAUACGUCAACAUGGGGUCCUCCCCACGGCGGGCGGAAGCCUCAUCUCACGACCAUUCGCCGAUUUGCGGGGGAGGAAUGUGGUGUCACCGCCAGACACCACACUUGCUAGGUGGUAGCUUAAAUCGGCCGCGGUCCAUUUAGUACAUGUCGGACCCGCGUGUCGCCACUGUGUGAUCGCAGACCUAGCGCCACCACAAGGCAGGUCUCGAGGGACGAUAUAGCACUCGCCCCAGUUGUACGAGGAGAUUGCUAGCGACCAUACGGACGAAGCCUUCCUCUCAUUUGCCGAGAGCCAGUUAGAAUAGCUUUCUGCUAAGUCCAUGGCUACGACCUAGCAAGGCGC